GUGACAGUUUACCUUGCUUUGCGUGCUAUUUCAAAAAGUUACGAAAUAAUUGCACUUUAUUUACAAAAUAUUGAAUUGGUGAGAAAAUAUCUAAACCUGUAAACGCAACUACCUUGAAGAGCUAAGUGAAUACUCCCAUAAAGUUCAGGAAGAUCCUGUAAAUACGUUCCGUGAUGUGGAGCGUGGGUCACCUGUGUCGCUGCGCGGGGCCGCUGCGGGCGGCGGCGGGGGGCGCGGGGCGCGCGGGGGGCAGCCUCGCCUCCAGGCACCUCAUCACCACCUCCAGGACUGCAGUCAGAGUUGGACACAACAAUGUUAAAGUUUCUAGGUUAAGCGAGCUACUCAAGUCAAAUGGCAUAUUCGUCCGGCUCUGCUCCUCAGCCCCGAAGCCAGCUCCAGCCAAGACCUCCAAGGUGGUGGGCUACUGGCUGCUCGGCUGCUCCGGGAUGGUGUUUACCGCGGUGGUGCUAGGUGGCGUGACCCGCCUCACGGAGUCGGGGCUGUCCAUGGUGACGUGGAAGCUGCUGGGGGAGCGGCUCCCGCGGACCGAAGAGGAGUGGGUCGCGGAGUUCGAGAACUACAAGCAGUACCCUGAGUUUAAGUACAAGAACCAAAGCAUCACCCUCUCGGAGUUCAAGUGGAUCUGGUGGAUGGAGUUCGCGCACCGCUCGUGGGGCCGCGCGAUAGGUGCCGCCGUGUUCCUGCCCGCCGCCUUCUUCUGGGCGCGAGGGUUCCUGGACAAGGCUAUGAAGAUUAGGGUGGCGGCGUAUUGCGCCUUGGUUGGGUGUCAGGGUCUAAUGGGCUGGUACAUGGUGAAAUCCGGCCUCGAAGACCGUUUCCAAGGUCCCUCGGACGUGCCCAGAGUGUCCCAGUACCGCCUCGCAGCCCACCUCAGUUUAGCCUUCAUCCUGUAUACAGGCUUGCUAGGGGGUGCUCUAAGAAUACUCCGGCCGAUGCCCAUCAGUGCGACGAUAGCUAAGCUGAAGGAGUUGAAGGGAGUGACCGGGUUGGCGCACGCUGUUAAGGCGAUGGCGUUCUUUACUGCCGUUUCUGGCGCGUUCGUAGCCGGCCUCGACGCCGGCCUAGUCUACAACUCCUUCCCCAAGAUGGGCGACAACUGGAUACCGGACGACAUUCUCGCCUUCUCGCCCGCGCUGCGCAACUUCACAGAGAACCCCACGACCGUGCAGUUCGACCACAGAAUACUCGGCACGUCUACACUCGUGGCCGCGUCUACUCUGUGGCUGCUGGCGAGGGGCAAGCCAUUGUCGCCCAUGGCUAGGCGGGCGGUUAAUUGUGUGGGGGCCAUGGCUUGGAUGCAGGUGGGUCUCGGCAUCGCCACGCUCCUCCACUACGUGCCCACGCCGCUGGCCGCGUCGCACCAGUCCGGGUCACUGGUGCUGCUGUCACUCGCCAUCUGGCUCACGCAUGAGAUGAAGCUGCUGAAGUAUAUACCCAAGUAGAGGGAGGGAGUGGGGGUAGAUUCGGAGUUGACAGCGGAAGACAGAUGUUCGAGUAAUUAUCGACGUCCUUUUUUUUCGACAAGCACGCAUGGUUACCUAAGGUACAUUCACACUGCAGUCCGUUUUUAAUGAGGAGGUUCUCAAUUCGUCUGUACCUAUGUAUGUUUUGUUUUAGCUCCAUACGCCAUGCAAAUUCACGUUAGGCAUACAUAGUGGCGCCUCUAGCGAAAACUAAAAUGAAACUUAACAUAAAAUGCAUGCAGAAGAAAACUGAACUGUAAACUGCUAGGCAGAUCCUCAAUGUGUGGUAAGUUUAUAAAGUUUCAGAUUCAAAUUGUGUUUUUUGAGGCUUUAGUCAAUCCAUGCUCAAUAAGCAGUCAUUGAACUACCGAAUAGGAAGUCUGUUAUUUAUAUAUUUAACAAUGCAUUUGUUUUGCUCAUUUAUUUAAUUAAGACUGUAACUUCUAAGUUUUAUUGUAAAAGAUAUGAGAAACAAUGAAAUAAAUACCUUUGUUUGUUAUUUC